GAUUUAUUUUGUUCACAAAUCUGACGGCAUGCCAAAAACAUUUUUCAAAUGAUUCUGAUAUUUUUGCUUCAAAGAGUUUGAGAUGAUUCUGAAAAGAGCAUUCUCUCUGUUUUCACCCCUGUUGACAUUCUGCAAAGUGUCAUUUUAAAGGUCCAUUCUCUGGCUCUUCCGGAGUGAAGGAGACUCUGUGUGUUGAGGCAGACUGAGCUUCAAGGCCAGUUUGAUUUAGUUUCAGCCUGAAUGGAUUCAAUGGAUUUUCUGUGGAACAGCAACAGACUCACCACAGGCAAGCAGACACCUACUGACCCACCGGCAGACACCAGGCGGAGGAUAGCCGGGGACCGGAUGCCUUUCUCGGAUGGAGAGCCGGCGGCGGUGCCCGUGUGAGAGAGGAGAGUCCGGAGCUCCUGCACCGGGAGACAACAACGCUGACCGGGUGUUCGUAGGUCCUUGAUCAGUGAAAUAAUCACCUCUUAGUUCCACUGAUCCAGGUAUCCCAUUGACUGUUGAGUGGGAGGAAGAAGAAGGGGGAGACCGCGCGCACCGGAGAGACCGGGACCAUGAUCCGGAGCUGCACAGGGGUGCACGGAGGUUAUAUCUGAAGGAUAGAGCCAAGAAGAAGAGAAGGAAGAAGAAAUAAUAAAGGGAACGCUUUCUGCUGGUUUCAGCUUGUGCAAUAUACACUCGCUAAUCUCAUUAAUCUAUUGAUCCAUUGAUUGGUGACUGUUCGUUUUGCGCACCGGGACCAUGAUCCGGAUUUGCUUGAGAGUUAUAUCGGAAGGUUAGAGAAGAAAAGAAGAAUAAAAACAACAAAAAGAAGACUGUGGUUCGUCUUCUAUCGCUGAAUCAAUAGCUCUAUUGAUCCCAGUAAUCGGUGACUGGUCUGUGUUGGGAGAAGGAAAAGCGGGGGAGGUUGGUUAAACAAGACGCGGGAGCGCAUCGGAGACAGCCGGGGACCAUGAUCAGGAUCUUCCCGGAUUUCAGCGUCCAGGUGACUGCUUCGGCAGGCGGUGGACCCGGGGCUGGGGGCGGAGGAGGAGGCGGCGGGGGCGGUGGGAUGAUGACCGGACCCCCGGUGGGUCGGGUGCCGGUCCCCGGAACAACGAACGGCACCCCGCAGAGUGUCCAGGGAAUCACCGCCUACCAGCAAAGUGGGAUUGUAGAGGACAGGAGGUAUUUUUGGGCUGAGGAUGACAGUGUUUUACCAGUCAGUGACCCCUACUGGGAGCGGCCGGCUAAUGCGGGCAGCUGCUCCGCCGCCCGGCCCAAGACCCUUCACCUGGCCGGCCAGCAGCAUACCUCCUCACCAUGGCUGCAGGCUCUGAGGAAGGAGAAGUCACGGGACGCAGCGCGAUCGCGGCGGGGAAAGGAGAACUUUGAGUUUUAUGAACUGGCCAAGAUGCUCCCGCUGCCGGGCGCCAUCACCAGCCAGCUGGACAAGGCCUCCAUCAUCCGACUCACCAUCAGCUACCUGAAGAUGAGGGACUUCGCCAACCAGGGAGACCCGCCGUGGAACCUGCGCAUGGAGGGCCCACCGCCCAACACCUCCGUCAAAGCUAUCGGUGCGCAGCGAAGGAGGAGUCCCAGCGUCGUCGCGUCGGAGAUCUUCGAACCUCACCUGGGCAGCCACAUUUUACAGUCUCUGGACGGGUUUGUAUUUGCACUAAACAAGGAGGGACGCUUCCUCUACAUCUCCGAGACGGUCUCCAUCUACCUGGGACUGUCACAGGUGGAGCUGACUGGCAGCAGUGCGUUUGACUACAUCCACCCUGGUGAUCACGUGGAGAUGGCAGAGCAGCUCGGCAUGAAGCUUCCUCCCGGCAGAGGCAUGUCUCUGUCCCAGGGAGCCGUCAACGAAGACGGGGCGUCCUCGGCUUCGUCGUCGUCUCACUCUGAGACGCCCGAACCAGUGGAGUCCAGCAGUCCCAGUCUUCUGGCUCCUGAUAACAGUCUGGAACGAUCCUUCUUCAUCCGGAUGAAGUCCACGCUCACAAAGAGAGGAGUGCACAUCAAGUCCUCAGGAUAUAAAGUGAUCCACGUCACGGGGCGUCUGCGCAUCAGGAUGGCUUUGACACACAGUCGCUCGGCACCCAAUCAGAUCAUGGGGAUGGUGGUGGUGGCUCACGCACUCCCGCCGCCCACAAUCAACGAGGUGCGCAUCGACUGUCAAAUGUUCGUCACGCGAGUCAACAUGGACCUCAAGAUCAUCUACUGCGAGAACAGGAUCAAUGACUACAUGGACCUGACUCCGGUGGACAUUGUCGGGAAGAGGUGCUACCAGUUCAUUCAUGCUGAAGACGUGGAGGGAAUCAGACAGUGUCACCUGGACUUGAUGAAUAAGGGUCAGUGUGUGACAAAGUACUACCGGUGGAUCCAGAAGAACGGGGGUUACAUCUGGAUCCAGUCCAGCGCCACCAUCGCCAUCAACGCCAAGAACGCCAAUGAGAAGAACGUCAUCUGGGUCAACUACGUCCUCAGUAAUCCAGAGUAUAAAGACACGCCCAUGGACAUCGCCCAGCUGCCCAACCUGCCCGAGAAAACAUCUGAGUCCUCCGAGACCUCCGACUCUGAGUCAGAGUCCAAAGAAAACUCUGACAAUGAGAACGCCAAGUCCGAGGGAAAGUCGGGCCACCAAUCAGAACGCAGCGAGGAUCCAGAGACAGACAGCAAGCGUCAGCAGCAACCGGGCCAACCACAUUGCUCCUCCGAACAGGAAAUGAAGCGCCAGGAAGAAGGAGACAGUUCGAGUAACCCCGAGAGCCAGGACAGUGACGACAGUCUGGAACCUUCAGAUGGAGAGGGAGAAGAACAGGAGGAGGCAACGGGGGGAGGAGGAGGAGGAGGAGGAGGAGGAGGAAGGCUUGGCAGGUUAGCAGGAUUGGGUGGGUUAGGGGGACUGGGCGCCAUCGGAGGACUGGGCAGUCUGGGAGGGUUACAUAUAAAAGUAGAGCACUACGGAGAAGGGGACGAAGUACAGCUUCAGAACUCGCAAACUUCUUCAUCAGAGGAAGAGGAAGAAGAGGAGGACGACGAUGACGAUGAGGAAGAGGACGGGGGGGUGCAAGAUUGCGACAGUGCCAAUGCCGGGAGCAAGCUCCAAAAGAGGCGGAAGAGGAGGAAAGUACAGAAAUGGGACGGAUCCCGGAGUAGGAGGCUCCGUCUCUCCUCAAACACACCUAGCCCCGUUUCCAUGGGCGAUACCACACAGCUGAUUGACCCCUCACAGGCCACAGGCUCCUCCCACCUUCUCGCCUCCACUGACUCGCCAAACAGUUCAGGUGCAACGUCGUCUGUCCUGAAAAUCAAGACGGAGAUGGCAGAACCGAUUAACUUUGACAACGACAGCAGCAUCUGGAACUUCCCACCCAACAGAGAGAUUUCCAGAAACGAGUCCCCGUACAGCAUGACCUCCAAGCCGUCCGCUCCGGGGAGCCACGAGACCUUCCCCUCACCCCAGGGAGGCUCUCUCCAGGUAGCCAUCCCCGAGUCCGUCCUCACCCCUCCUGGAACCGAGGGAGGAGCAGGAGGAGUGAGGAAGCCUCCUUACAAUGGAAGCUCUGCCCCAUCCUCUGCUUCCAGCGCUGCGAGUUUAGUUCCUCCGUCCAGCGCCUCCUCUGCCGACCCCCUGUCCCCUCCACUCUCCGCCUCCCCGCGGGACAAGCAACAAGGCACUCCCACCACCUCUUCUUCAUCCUCCUCCUCCUCCUCCUCGUCAACCUCUUCCUCCUCACUGCUGUACUCUGGCGACCUCGAGGCGCUACAGCGUCUGCAGGCCGGUAAUGUUGUGCUCCCGUUGGUGCACAGGGUCACGGGGACUCUGGCCUCCACCAACACGACAGCUCCCCGGGUCUACACCACCGGGACCAUCAGGUACGCACCGGCGGACGUCACCCUGGCUAUGGCGCAAGGCAACCUCCUCCCAAAUGCUGCCAUGAACUUUGUCGACAGCUCGGGGUUCGGCCUGGACCCUAAGACGCCCAUGGAGAUGCUCUACCACCACGUCCACAGGCUCAACAUGUCGGCGGCGGCAGCCGCCGGCCCUUUUGUCGGAUCUCCGGCUGCCACCGCCGGGAACGGCGCCCUGGGAGGCCAGAUGCCGACCGCGGCCAAUGUCUUCACCACAGCUGAGGGACUUUUCUCGACGCUACCGUUCCCGGUGUACAGCAACGGGAUCCACACCACGCAGACAACUCUGGAGAGGAAGGAGGAUUAACGCAAAACGUUCAAGACCGUAUUACUGUGUUUCUGGAAUCAAAGUAAAAGACUACUCACUAGUAAAAGAAGAAUGAAAGACUAUUUACUUGCUAUCUUUAAUCAACACAGCACUGUGUUUCCGAGAGGGGACAAAGGACAGGAAAGGAUGACAAAUGUACUCUAGCACUUUGAAUCUGAGCAACUGAGCUUGUGUAAUAGACAUGAAUGACCCUCAAACAUGUCCCCCUUUUCUAUCUUUUUUCUCUCUCCUCAUCCUCUUCUCCUCCUACUCUCUCUUCUUGCGAUCAGCAACCUUUUUUUUUUUCUCCUGAACAUAUGAACACACAAAAAAAAAUUCUUUACUGUAAAGAAUUCCUUUUUUGCCUACAGAGAAUUCAUAUCGCCUGAGGACUCCGCUGGAGCCUGACGGGGAUAAUUUUUAUUAUUUGACUCGUUUCUGUUGCAUCUUUAUGAAGAUGCUGAUUGUGUGUAUUUAAAGGAGGACGGUACAGGGAUUUGUAACGGACAGAAAACUCUACGUGGCGCUCCUCCGUACGUUCCUUGAUGUGAUCAAGGCUAAAGAACGUUUUUAAUCAGAGAAGAGGGAGCUCUCUUGCGCCCGACAAAAGGUCUCAGAGAUAAUAAUCUUUUGAAAAAAGGUUUUUGAGGACGUUUCUCGAUUGAGGGAAUAGUUUAGAGAAUUAAUGCUGGUUUUUUUUUGUUUGUUUUUUCCUUUUUUUUAUUAUAAAAUAUUGUAGCUCAGAUUUAACUUACGAAUCAAGCAUUAAGAAGAAAAAAAAAAAGCAAUUUCAGCCGGGUUAUGACCUGUGAAUUAUCGAAUGUUACUACUUCCUCUUUUAUCCCAGGAGUUUACCUACAGGUCUCGCACCAAACAUAACCUCCUCUGCAUCUCUUCCCAUCUCGAUCUCUCUUACCUUUCACUCUGUCUACCUGAUCUUUAAUCUUUCCGUCUACAUUUCUACCUGUCAAUCUACGAAUUCAUGGUGCUACCGACCGUCCAGUAACCCUGAUUCAGCUGGCUGAUGUGGGUGCUGUAAACGAACCCACAGCUCGUUGACAGACUGAUCGUGUUUUGUUUUUUUUUGUUUUGUUUUGGAGGGGGAACAGUUCUCAAAUGUUCUUUUGUUUGUGUUUUUUUUUUCUCAUCUGACCUUCAGGAAAGUCAGAAACACAGCGAGAACCUUAGAACCUCUAAAUCAGCAACACCAUCUCCAUGUUUCACCCUACAUGUCCCUCCUUCGAUUGUCUAAACGUUAGUCGCCACGAGGGACAGUUCUGCAGGCCAAAACAUGGAGCUGAUUGGUUGAAUUUGAGGCUAUAUAGUGUUUUUCUGUAUUUUCUAACGUAAUCACUUUUAAUUCUCAGUGAGACUGAGGCUAAUACUCUAGCAACGCUAACUUGAAAAAUGAAUGUUGAAAACCUCGACCGGCUCCUGUUUGAUCACUGUCUUGUUUUAUUUUGUACAGUUACUUUUGUAGUUUUUAUUUUUCCUCCUCCUCCUCUUCUUCUUCUUCCUAAACCAGAAUCACCUCCACAAGAUUUUACUGAACAAUCCACUCUCUUCCAUUUCAUCACCGGACCCUGUGAUUUAAAAAAAAAACAACAAAAAAAAACACAUAUCAACAAGGAGAUUGUAAUAAAGACAUGCAUUUUCAAUCAAUCAAUCUAUCAAACAAUCAAUUCAAUAACUAUGGAAAAAAAUAAGGAUAUACAUUUUUUUGAGGAAGAGAAAAAAAAAUCACAUUCCUUUAAAUAAUGUUGUCUUUGUCGUCGUUCUUCUGUUUUGUGUUUUUUCUUCCCCAGCCUCCGUUGCCAAAAAAAAAAAAAAAAAAAGUGUUACUCUCACAAGUUUGGUGUUUUUUAAAAGCACUGUGAUUCUCGUUCAUCUGUAUUUUUUUUUUUCUUCUACUUUUUUGGUAAAAAGAGAAAAAAAAAAGAUGAGAAUAAGUAAUAACUAAAACAGUAAAAAAAAACAAACAAACAAAAAAAAAACUGUCACAACAUCCAUCUUUUUAAAGUUGACAGCCCCGUCUUUACCAUCCUGUCAUCCUUAUUACCCAGUGUGAUUAAGCCGUAAAAACGUGUUACCGAUGUGUUUAGUGUCACUGGCUGUCAAAAAGUCUUUCAUGGCGACUUCUCUCUCUGUGUGUGUUGACUAUAUGCAGUAUAUACUGAGCUACUGUAGCUGUUUUUGUCCUUUGUCUUCUCUGUGCUCUCUCUAGUGUGGGGGGGAUGGGCGGGGCUUAGAGAGGGGGGGGAGGGGUCUAUGGGAUGAUUGACAUCCCAAAAAUGACAAACCCCCCCUUUCUCUGUUUCCCCCGUCUCUUUCUCUAUCUCCCUCUAUCUGCAGUCUUAGUGAAACCAGUGGAGGUUUGUGGAAUUUCGUGUUCGGUGGCCUUUGCAAGAAACAAAAAAACAUUUGUAGAGUCCACCUUUUUUUUCGCUGCUUCCUUUUUGUCUUUGUAAAACCCCUUUUUUUUUGUUUGUUUUUUUUGUUUGGUUUUCUAAUCCUCCUCUCUCCUUCCCUCUCUGCUAUUGCUUUUUGCUGUUGUGUAGUCUUAUACAAACCUCUUUAUCUUGCUGUCCUUUCUCUCAGAGAUGAAAAGAUUCUUUAACUAGCUCAAAGGUUUAUGGAGCCAUGUUUUUGCCGCCAAGGAAUUCUGGGAAACACAGUUUCCAGCUCUUGCAUAUACAAAGUACUAAUAAAUAUUUACAUUAUAUAGAAUUCAAUUAUGAUGAGGAAAAGCCUAAAGUAGCAUUUUAGUCCCGGACGAACCGUAAAGGCCUCAGUUGUGAAACAUUUCCCAGAGUCCCUUGGGGCUUCUUGUGUGCAUUGGGUGUAUUUCAUUGGUUCCCACCGAACUUGUUGACUUCCUGCGCAAACUUCUCUCACGGGACAAACAAAGUUACACAAGUGGUUCAAAGGGGGAGAACAAAAAAAAAAAAUAUCACAGUACUAUUUCAGGACACGUAAUAAACGGUUUUAAAGAUUUCUAAAGAAAUUAAAAGAAGAAAAAAAUAUUUCGCACUAUAAAUCUAUUUUUAUAGGUGUUUUGGAAAACUGAACUGCAUGUUUAGUAAGUUCGUCCGAUGCGUUUCACGUGAUCGAUCCCGAGUUGUUUUUUGUUUAUUUUUGGUCCAGCGGUUUUUGUGUUUUUCUUUUAAAGUCUGUCGAUCCCAAACGGGGACGCGAUGGAGGCCUGUUGGAAGAAUAAAGUCUGUAUUGUCAAACCGACCCGGGCCUCUGAUCUCCCCUUCACAUCAGGAAAAACAAUCUGUAGCGUCUGUGCUUUCUGUGAGGAAUCAAUGUCUUGUUACUGCGACUAACAUGUUAAACAACAACAACAACAAACAAACAAACAAACAAAGCAGAAUAUGAAACUUAACGAUGGAUUAAUUUAUUUUUGUGUUCAAUAAGGGGGAUGGGAUUUGGGUGGCUCAAUCUGUCGAUUGUUGGUGGGUCGUUUGUGGUGUCAUUUCAGGAGCAUUUUGUUUCCGCGCUCCUCUGGAUUUUAGCGUUUUCUACUUUUGCGUGAAAACAGGGGGGCGGGGCACAAACGAAUAGCAGGGCCCCAUUUGGUAAAGACGAGGGGGUUUGAUAGGGGUUGGGGGCACAUAACUCAGAUGAAACCAGGAAAUACACCCACAUGUAACAAAAACCAAACAGCCGGUCCAAGCUGUUUCAAUGUUUUUUCUGUGUUUUAUGUCGAAAAAUGAAAACUUUGCUGGUGAUUUUAAAAACGUAAAAACCUUAAUCACAGCUGCUGUCAAAAAUACAUAGUGUUUAAGAAUUACAAAUAUUGAAAAAUCACUUCAUUUACCUGUGAAGAAACUGUGUCUGUGUUUUUAACUAUUUCUUGUACAAUUAUACAGAUUCUUUUAUGAGGAACUUGGUGCCAAGUAGCUGAAAUACGGGAGAGAGGGAAUCUCUUAUUAUCAAUGUUAACAGUGUUAUUAAAUUCUAAAUACAAACAAAUUAAAAUAUUAAAAAAGAGAAAACUAUGGUACAUUUCUAUUUUUUUUGUUUUGAUUUUUUUUUUUUUUCCUCACAGAAGAGGAGAAAAAAAACCACAUGACUAACUGAUGCUAACUUUGAGUGCCUGGCUUAUUUUUUAUUAUUAUUUUCAAAAGACAUCUUUUUGAGUUCAUUUACCAUGAAUAAUGCUGCAAAUCUGAAAAUGUACAUACUUCAUUUUUAUAGCAGUUGUUCUUUUAUAAGUUUACUAGGUUCUCAUCCGUUCAGAGGAACAUGUCACAUACAUGGUUGUCUUUCUGUAACCCGGUUUUGACCAUCUUACAGGUGCCAUAUUCAUAAUAAAAAUUUCUCUCGAAUUUGUUACCA